AUGAAGGUUUCUGAUUUGUACCUUCCCCUUGCCGAGAUUCCUCAUGCUCUCAAUAUUGAUGGUAGAAAAAAUUUUAACGUGAGCGUCAUGUUUUCUCACAACAUCAGGGCAGUCACCUUGAACAUUAAUCCUUUCAACGAAAAAUUCCCUCUCACCUUCAUAACAGUUUUCCAUUAUCCAAAUACUUUAUUCCAGUAUCAUUUAAAAACUGAAAUCCAGAAGGAGACAAUCAACAAGUUGGAUAUAUUGGACUCCAUCGUUUGGAAAACAACACCACCCGACACAAUUACGUUUGAUCAGUCUGGUGAUCUUCAUGUAGUCUGCCAGGCUCUCAUUGAAUCCAACCCAGUUACGUUGAAACCGUCUGGUGAAAUAAGAAUUUACAGGAAUUCUCUUGAUAGAGACAAGCCACGCUGGCUCAAAUCCAAAUUAGAGCAUCCAUCGAUGUCCCGCAUGAAUUUCGAUCGCAAGGAGAACGAAACUUCAUCGACGGACAAGGGAAAGUACAUCACGAACGGUUGGAAGUCUUCCUAUGUCGAAACGGACUACUUCAAUUCUAGCAGAAUUUUCAUAACGCUUUCAACAUCGUACAAGAUAUCAAACGGGACAGCAGACACGUGCGUUUAUACGUGUGCGACUGAUCACGCCAGCGAAACAGAGCAGACGUUCUACAGUGCCUGGGUUACCAACAUCAUGCCUAAGAAUCCAGUCAUGAUGGUCAUUCCUUGCGAGGAACAUGCCAUGGAUGCGUUCGAUAGAACCAGAGAGUUGGUUAGCAAUCCAAAUCGUAACAAAAAUAAUUACAUCUUUCAUCGUGCAGGCGGCAAAGAGAUGUAUUUUCAACUGGUCAUUAACAUCACGCGCAACAGACCCACUUGCGUCAGGUGUAGAUCGUUCGACUAUAUGAACAGAGUAUUGACUUUAUUUAAAAAUGAUGUUAAUAUAACAAGCUCAACAAAAACGACAAUUUUGGAUAGACAUACCAACGUUCCCGAUGGAGCGUUGCACGAACUCACAUUGACUUUCCUCAAUCCUUCUCCAGAUGAUGAAGGAUUCUACCGCUGUGUCACUCCGCCAUCAAGGCCCGAACAAAACGUGGCAUUUGAAAUUAGAUUGCGUUAA